UUGUGAACAGGGCUGUCCCAUGGGGCAGACUUGAGGCAGUUGCCUCAGGCGGUGAAAUCUCACGGGGCAGUGCCCUCAAGGGCGUCUCGCUCACCAACCACCAGGCAAGCGAGGGGAAGCAGUGCUGAGGGCUUCCAGUGAGAUCUCACAAGAUUUCACAGAGCUCACAAGAGUUCCAGAAUGUCUUGCCAGAAGCUGUUGCUGCUGCUACGCAACCCUGGUAAGCGAGGCUUCAGCAGAGGGGCAGCAGCAACAGUGGGGCUGGUGGCAUCUUCUGUUUCGCCUCAGGCAGCGAAAUGCUAGCUGUGAAUCACAAGUGGGGGGCGAAAGUGUUCUUCUGCUCAGUCCUGCUUUGGGGAACUCCAUGAGGGCAUCUGGCUGGGCAUUGGGAGAAUGGGAUGCUGGAGGAUAUGGGCUUUUGGCAGGCAGCCCUUUCUUACACCCAUAUGCCUUACAUCAGAAAACUGGAAUUGCGGAAGCUCAUGAGAAGUAGGGUAGUGAAAGGCAGACCCUCCCUCCUUCCUUUCACCAAAUGUUUAUGGGGUUUAAAUCCGUGUUAGCGACUGCACGUAUUUCAACAGGGAUUGGUAGUUAUUCUGGAUUGAUGAAUGAGGGAACAAAGGCGUGGUUGUGCUCUGUGUCAUCGGUGCGGACGGGUGUCUAGAGGAAAAGGCAUAUAAUAGCUCCUGCAAUUCUAUUCUUGGGGCUGGGGCUGGAAUCUAUUUUUCAGCAUCAGUAGGCGGUGGUGUAUGUGGGAAGGGGGGAGGGAAAGGGAUGUUGCUGUCUCCCCUCUUGCAGAAAAGGAGUGAACAAGGAAGUGAUGGGGAGGACAGAGAGAGCUCCUUUUGGAAACAUGUUAGCCCAGAAUUCUGGAAGUGAGAAGCUUGGGACACAGAAGUGACAACGUUUCUGGAAUAUCCUAGUACCAAACCAGGGCCCUGUGCCUUUAGACUGACAGCAAUGGACUCCAGAUUCCCAUAAACUCUGUGGACAAAAUAAAAGCAUGGUUAAUCUAAUUUAUGUACAUAAUUUUUUAUUUCCGUCUCUUCUUUGAGUUCCUGAUACAUGCACUCUGCUUCUGCCACCAAGUUUGAACCUUCAUUUUCUUGUCUAGUCAAUGCCUUUAAUACACUGGCUCUGAGCACAAGUCAUAGUGUUGGCGCUGACCUUUAAAACCCUAAACGGCCUUGGGUCAGCCCUGUAUACCUGAAUGAGUGUCUCCAUCCCAUAUCAUUAAGCCAGGACACUGAGGUCUAGGUCCGAGGGCCUUCUGGCAGUUCCCUCACUGUGAGAAGUGAGGUUACAGGGAACCAGGCAGAGGGCCUUCUCGGUAGUGGUGCCCACCCUGUGGAACACCCUCCCAUCAGAUGUCAAGGAGAUAAAUAACUAUACAAGUUUUAGAAUACAUCUGAAGGCAGCCCUGUAUUUGAUGUUUUAUUAUGUUUUUCUAUGUGUUGGAAGCUGCUCGAAGUGGCUGAGGCAACCCAGCCAGAUGGACGGAGUAUUAUUAUUAUUAUUAUUAUUAUUAUUAUUUUAUUAUUUCACUAACACUCUCUGCCCUACCUUACAGGUAUCGUCUUCCUCGCCAUGUCACUCCUGUCUCAACUGAAGGCUUCAGCCUUGCUGCUGGCCUUGUUCCUCCCUUCACCGCUGGCGACGGUGGGUGGCCAUGGCGGCACGCACGGCAUUGAGACAGCGUCCCCGGACGGCGGCAACCACACCGCCAAGUGCCAAGAGGCCACGGAGUGCCAGGAAGGUGUGAUCUUGCCAGUGUGGUUCCCACAGAACCCCUCUGUGGGGGACAAGGUGGCAAGGGCCAUUGUUUACUUUGUGGCUCUGAUCUACAUGUUCCUGGGCAUGUCCAUCAUUGCCGACCGCUUCAUGGCCUCCAUAGAAGUCAUCACCUCACAGGAGAAAGAGAUCACCAUCAAGAAGCCCAACGGGGAGACCACCACCACCACCAUCCGCAUCUGGAAUGAGACCGUCUCCAACUUGACCCUGAUGGCAUUGGGUUCCUCAGCCCCUGAGAUCCUGCUCUCCAUCAUUGAGAUUGUGGGCCACGGCUUCACCGCAGGAGACAUGGGGCCCAGCACCAUUGUCGGCAGCGCAGCCUUCAAUAUGUUUGUCAUUAUCGCCGUCUGCAUUCAUGUGGUCCCUGAGGGUGAGGUACGGCGCAUCAAACACUUGCGGGUCUUCUUUGUCACCGCCGCCUGGAGCAUCUUCGCCUAUAUCUGGCUAUACCUCAUCCUGGCCUGGUUCUCUCCCGGCAUAGUGGAAUUGUGGGAAGGGCUCCUCACCUUCCUCUUCUUCCCACUCUGUGUGCUCCAGGCUUGGGUGGCUGACAGAAGGCUCCUCUUCUACAAAUACGUCCACAAGAAAUACCGAGCGGACAAGGCCCGAGGCCUGAUAAUUGAGACUGAGGGUGAUACUGGCUAUCCAAAGUUGGACAUGGAGAUGGACAACUCGCUAAAGGAAGGAUCCGAAGGUCUUGUGGAAGCAGGGAAGGACCAGGAUGAUGAAGCUCGCAGGGAUAUGGCCCGCACCUUGAGGGACCUCAAGCAGAAACAUCCAGAAAAGGACAUGGAGCAGCUUAUCGAGAUGGCCAACUAUCACGUGCUAGUCCAACAGCAGAAGAGCCGGGCUUUCUACCGCAUCCAGGCCACACGCAUGAUGAUCGGAGCAGGGAAUAUCCUCAAGAAACAUGCGGCGGACCAGGCCCGCAAAGCCAUUAGCAUGCAGGAGGUGCGUGCGGAAGAAGAUGAGUCCGUGACCAAAGUUGGCUUUGAGCCAGCACACUACCAGUGCUUUGAGAACUGCGGCUCGGUGGUGCUGACUGUGGCCCGGCGGGGAGGGGACCCAGCCUGCGUCACACUGCGGGUGGAUUUCCGCACAGAGGACGGGACGGCCAACGCUGGCUCAGACUACGAGUUUGCGGAGGGCACCUUGCUUUUCAAGCCAGGGGAAACCCACAAGGAAGUGCGGGUCGGAAUCAUUGAUGACGACAUUUUCGAGGAAGAUGAGUAUUUCUAUGUCCACCUCAGUAACGUGCGGGCAGCCUGGGCCGAACCAGGCCCUGAGCCUCCUCCCAAAGCAUGCCUCGGGCCUUCUAAGAUGGCCACUGUCACGAUCUUCGACGACGACCAUGCCGGCAUCUUCACCUUCGACGGGGCCUCCAUGCGUGUGAGCGAGAGCGUGGGGGCUGUGCGCAUCAAGGUGCUGAGGACCUCGGGGGCACGCGGGAGAGUGGCCAUCCCCUUCCGCACCAUUGAGGGGACCGCUAAGGCCGGAGAGGACUAUGAGGAGGUAGCUGGCAAAGUGGAGUUCCAGAAUGAUGAGACCAUGUAAGAGACCAGGGAAGGUGGUUUGUUUUUGUCUUUGAAAAUAUUGGUGUGGGCACUGUGUACUGAAAACACGAGCAGGAAUGCUGUGACCCACACAAGAGGGCCACCAAAUUGGAUGGCUUUUAAAGAGGAUGUGGGAGGGAGGAAUAAUAGAGCAUGAGUCUACCAAUGGCUGGUUAACCAUGAUGGCUAUGGGGAGGCUGCCAGGAAUCACAAGUGGGUAGGUGCCGCCACACUAAAAGCCCCACUCCACUGUAUGGAAUGGUCCUCCUGAUAGGAUGCCAUCUGUAGGAUGCCUUCUCCCACAAGACACAGUGACUGAUUGGGUAUAUACUGUAUUUUUCGCUCUAUAAGACGCACCUGACCAUAAGACGCACCUAGUUUUAGAGGAGGAGAACAAGAAAAAAAAUAUUCUCUCCCUCUCCAGCAAAGUGGGAGGAGAAAUGGAAGGGGCUCCGUUUUUCCUCCCGUUGCCCUAAAGAGGCUUCGCGUGGCUAUCCCUGAAGCCAGGAGAGCGAGAGUGAUCGGUGUGCACCGAUCCCUCUUGCUCUCCUGGCUUCAGGGAUAGCUGCGCAGCCUGCAUUCACUCCAUAAGACGCACAUACAUUUUCCCUUACUUUUUAGGAGGGGAAAAGUGUGUCUUAUUGAGCGAAAAAUACAGUAAUGUGUGAGAACAGGGCCGGUUCACCCAUGAGGCAAGGUGAGGUGACUGCCUCAGGCCACGGGAUCCACAGGAGCAGGAGAGAGGGCCUCCAAGGAAUUCCUCACGAAUUGCCUCUGUAGCAGUGGCAGUGACGGCUGUGGCAAACUCCUCGAGGCCAAAUCUGCCUCCUCCUCUGCAGCCAUGCCGCCUCUACAGCAGCCUUUCGAUGAAAAGGAGGUGCUGCUUGGCUUCCUCCCGUCCCUAAGGAGGAAAUGGUGGGGGCUGCCCUCUGCACCCACCUGGCAUGAUUCAGCCGCCUCCCCAACCACAGCAGCCUUUGAUUCCCACUUCAACCAUUGGGGGAAGGUGGAUUUAUCCCCCCACCCUUUUUUUGCAGUUUGCCUCAGGUGGCAAAAUAUAUUGGACUGGCCUUGGGCAAAACGAUCUUUUAGGUAUCCUGGCCCCAGACUACAUUCAGUAAUUUGUGGCUGUUAUUGUUGUUUUAAUGGUGUAAGUUUUAUUUCCUAUUCCUCUGGGUUGUUAUCGAGCAAAAUUGAGCCUUGACUGGAGUCCAAUGAAUGUUAGUGAUUUGUUAACAUGUAUAGCUAGGGCUCUGCAGCCCAAUACCGGCACCUUGAACCUAGUCUAGUAUAGGGCUGCCAUAUUUCAAAAAUAAAGUUGUUGAGCUUUUUUUUAGGGAGACCACAAAAUUGUUGAGCUAUGGCAGCCCUAGUAGCUAAGUGGCAGUCAGAGAUUGCUUUCCCCGUUCCUCCCAUCACACCUCCCCUCUGGAAAAUGUCAACACAGCUCAUUUCCCUCUUCCCAACCCCUCAACCCAUUCUCCUCUAGCUCCUGAUACAGUGGUUUGACGCAAGCAGAAAUUCAGCUGCGGAGCGUUGCUUGGCUAGAGCUAAGAAAUGGGAAACAGAUUUAUUUUUUUUAAGGGUGCAGAGCCUGAGGACCCCCAGAUGUUGAUAGAUUACAACUCUCAUCAUCUGUGCCUGGGCAUGCUGGCUGGUCCAACCACACCUGAAGGACAGCAGAUUCCCCACCCUGAUUUAAGAAAUGGGAAUAGCAUGUUGAAUGUCUGUUGCACAUACCAGGUUUAUGUUAAAAGGCAUGGGAGGAGGCUGAUGCUGGGGCAGGAGUGGCAAAGCCUGAUAAAGGUGCUCUGUACAUGCUCAGUGGCACCCUUCCUUCAUGAUGCAACUUCCUUCAUGGUGCAACAUGAAAGAAAGACAAGAAAGAAAGGCACACACUGCCAUAGGUCAGUGGUAGAGCAUCUGAAAUGCUCUUUUGAAAAUGAGGUGCUGCCUUUAUUCUUUAGUCUCUCUCCCUCUCCCUCUCUCUCUCUUGGCCUGUGAUGCCUGCUUUAACUGGCAGCUAAUCCUCGAGGUCUUGAGUACACAACAGUCUUUUCCUGUCACCUGCGAUCUGAGCCUGUUAACCUGGAUAACCCACCUUCCAAAUAUCCUGGGGUAAAAGGGACAUUCCGUUUUUUGUCAUGCAAGAUCUCGGCGGCCAUUUUGAGUGCCACGAUCUUGUGCACUCUCACCCCGAAAAAGUGCAUUUUUUUCACAGCAAGAGCAAGGUGCGGGUCACGUGACUUUCCUGGGUGCGCCUCCUGGAAGGCGUACGUCCCGGUUUUGCAUCAGAAAAAGUUGGAUGGCGGGGAAGGGCUCCAUAGUUUGAUGCUAGAGCUUCUGCUUUGCACACAGAAGAAGGUCCCAGGGUUCAACCCCUGGCAUCUCCAGCUAGUCCUGAGAGACACUUCCUGUCUGAAACCUUGGAGAGUCACUGCCAGUCAGUGCAGGCAGUUCUGAGCUAGAUGAACCAGUGGUCCGACUCAGCAGAAGACUCUUUCUUAAGGACAUUUGCCAUGAGUGGCAGGAGGUCCCAGGCUCCAUCCCUCAGGAGCAGGCAGCAUCCUGUGCUCACACAUCCAUCUCAGAAAAUUAUCUCCUCAUAAUUGCUGCUCGGCUGCCUUGUCGCCAGCCUCCAACCAACACCACCACUCACCCCCAGCAUCCCUCCGGCUCCGUCAGACACAUGGAAUUAAUUUCUUGAAAUCUUAAUCUUUCACCCGUCAAGCUGUGCUGCAGCAACCUCCAGCUCCCAAUUUGACAGGCUCUGACCUAAUUGCACGAGAAGGGGAAAGUGGGGUGGCGGGGGGAAGGAGCGGGACGUUUGGCCGACGGCACACGCGGGAGAGAGCGUGAAAGCACCCGUGUGUGGGGGCGAGCGGCUGGCAGGCCGUAAGCCGACGUGCGACGGAAAUGGUGCAAGUGCGAGCAGAUAAAAAUGGGUGGUGUGUGCCAGUAGAGAGGAACAUGCAGGAGUUUGUGUGUGUGAGGGGAGGGUGGUGGCAGACAAAAGUGAGUGUGAGUGAAAAUUUAUGGGAUGCGCAUUUAUGUGCUCCUAUGUGAACUAGCGGAGAGCAACGUUUCUUCCAGAGGAAAGCGGGUAGAAAUUACCUCACGGCAGUUGCUCUUCAAAAUGGGGAUGUGGAACCACAAGCCCUUGAGGCCUAUCUCUGGCCCCUGAAUCUGUCCCUAAAAUACACCCUUCCCUGACCCCUUUGCACCCCACACCCUUGAGUGUUUUUGUCUGAUUGGGAUGUGUCCUUGAACUCUGCAAUAAUGUUUCUUACUUGUCUGGAUGGAGAAUAGAGAGAGGCGUCUGUGAGUGUAUGUGUGGAAACUAGCUUCCUAUAAAAAGAUAACAUUGACAUUCGUUGCUCCGCCCACUAUUGCCCUUGGCUCCACCCACCACUAACAUGUGGCCCUUGGAAAAUUGUCCAGAAUGGAAUACGGCCCCUGGGCUGAAAAAGCUACCCCGCUCUACAAACACUCUCCCUCCCUCUCCCUCUCUCUCGCUUUCUCAAAAGCACAUGCCAUUUGUCCUAUUAGUUUUAAAGGGUAUGGCUUUUCCGUCUUUUCGUGACAGCCUCACUCACAGAAAUGGAAGCAGGCAAAGUUUUUAUUCCACAUAAAGUUUGGGCCCUCCAGGUGUUACUGAACCACAACUCCCAUCAGCCCCAGCAAUGACAGGAGUUGUAGUUCAGCAACAUCCGGAGCGCCAAGACUCUCCACAUGCCUGUUUCAUUAGAGUAAGAAUUACUGGUAGACCUGCUUAGUUUACGUGUGCCAGACAGCUUAUGUAAAAAGUGCAGGAGCCAUCCCUGUAAAGGAGGUGGCAACUUUACCUCAGGUUUUUCAGGUAUCAGUCAACUGAGCAUUAAAGAAAAUGCUCUAUCUAUAUCAUCUAUAUCUAUAUCUAUAUCUAUAUCUAUAUCUAUAUCUAUAUCUAUAUCUAUAUCUAUAUCUAUAUCUAUAUACAAAGCCACAGCCUCAGAAGAAUAAAGGUGACAUGUGGAACUAACAAGCAUAGCCGUUCCAGGGAUAUUACAACAUUUUGCUAUAUUGCCACCUGUUCAAGUGAUGGAUUUAUGAGACCCCCUGAAGGAAGAUACUCAGAAGCGCCUCUAAGGAUUGAGCCAGGAAACCAGCUCAUAAGAGGAUAAAUUAUGUGUUCUCUAUCCCCUUAAUAAAAUCUACAGUAGAGAAACAGACACGAGGCUGUUUCAAGCUCAACAUGAUCACAAGGGCGACAGCACCUGUCACUGAAGGGAACUUCAGCAAAUCUGUUACUGAGGAUCUUGGGAAGGCAAGAGGUUAAGACAGCCCAGCAAAAAAACAAAACCGUUCUUCUGUACUUACGUACCGCUAGAAAAUAUAGCUGUGGCAUGCAUUUGAUCAGAUUUGUUGUUCUGACGCAAAUGCGGCAGAGUUUGGGGAUAUGUCUCCGUGUCAGUGAGACCUGAAUCUUAAGAGCCUAAAGGGUGGCUUGGCUUCCACCCCCUUGGCAGCCCUAUAGCGUUGACGUACCCACAUAUAUUCCCAUCCCAUUAGUACCAAGCCGUCUCUUUGUGUUUGUAAUUAGGGAACUAAAAACAGAUGGCAUCAAGCGAGGCUCCGGCUGCCAGACUCGGCUUAGCGUACCCGGAGUGUGUGCAUGUGUGUGCGUUGUGCCACAGCUUGGCGAGAGCGAAGCCAUGGGGUCAUGCAUAAGCAGAGAUGAACUCGAAGGAGCAGGAGGUGGCUAUGGGGAGGGUUGUGGGUUCUCCCUGCUUCUCUGUGCGGAGGGGGCCGGUUCUGGGGCAGAAGACAGGGGCCCCAAUGGCAGGUGGAGCCCGAACGGAUGACAGGCAGGGCCUGGGUGUGAGUUCUGCACACCCAGAUCUGGAGCUAAGAUUUGGGUGGGGGUGGGCCAAGCUUUCCUCCCUCUCUCUUAACAUAAUUGACCAGUGGUUGCUGGGGCCCAUUAAGGCUGUUAGGGCAGAAGUGAGGGAGCCCACCAGUAGGUGGCACCAGAGCCAAUGGCAGAAGUAGCCAAAUAAUUCUAAGUUUGUCCCCAUCCUCCUCUUUCUCCCUGCUGAUUUCUACAAGGGGCAACGCUGAGACUACAGAAGACGAAGCUGCCAGGCAGGGCCAUCCACUGGACUGGGUGCAAGGAAGAGGGCAGGCCGGCCAGGGCUGGCUGGCUGGCUGGCAGCAAUCUGAGGUUGGCGAGGCAAUGCCUCAUUCGCCCUAAAGCACCGGCCUCUGCUAUGUGACUUUUCAUGGCUGCCUGCUAUGCCAUAUUAAGCCAAGGAGUAAUUUCCCUGUUGCGUCACUUCCGUGCCAAAAAAGUAUGGGCUUACUAAAUUUCCAUUUGCUGGGCUAUGAGCAAGGCCAAGGCCAGGCCCAGGACAGGGGGGGAGGGGAAAGCGGGGCAGUACCUUGGGAAGAUGGUUUCCUGUAUUGGUCUGCCUGCUCCAAAGAACCCAUUAUUUUCUUCCUCGUCCCCAGGAGAUACAUCGAAAUUAAAAUUAUUGACGAUGAGGAGUACGAGAAAAACAAGAACUUCCACCUGGAGCUGGGGCCACCAGAACUGCUGGACACAGGUCCACGGCAUGGUAAGGAAAAAGUGGAUAAACCUGGGGUGUGUGUGUUGUUAUUGUUGUUUUAGUUUGUAUUCUGUGAUGUAUUUUUGUGUUGUUAUAUUGUAAACCGCCCUGUGAUCCUUGGAUGAAGGGUGGCCUAGAAAUUGAAUAAAUAAUAAUAAUAUGAUUUGCAGGAGAGACUUCCUAUGAUACUUGAGGGGCAGAGUGGGAUGUGGGGUGGGCUACAACAGGGAUGAGGAACCUCAGACUUGGGGGGGGGGGCGCAAAUGUGGUCCUCCAGGUCUUGUAAGCUUGCUGUACAAAGGUCAGGUUCACAUUCAUUGCUCCGCCCACUUUUGCCUGUGGCCCCACCCACCACUGGCUUGUGGCCCCUGGAAAGUUGCCUAGAAGGGAAUGCGGCCCUCAGGCUGAAGGGGCUUCCCUUCACCUGAGCUUAUGGCAGAAAGACGUAAGGAAGACAUGGUACUAGAGGAGCCCUUUAUUUGUAGGGUUGUGAAGGUAAGUUUAAAGACAAGGAACCCUCAGUAGAGAGAGAAGUUGUCCACCCACAGGGAGUGAGCAGAAGCCAGGCAGCAGACUAAGCAGGCACGCAGGUCAUCAGCUCACACUCUUCCCUAGAAUCAUAGAAUCGUAGAGUUGGAAGAAACCCUGAGGAUCAUCCAGUCCAACCCCCUGCAGAAAUGAAAAGUGUUGGGUUUUCCCCCCCAAAUUAUAUUCAAGCUUUCUAAAUUCACAUUGUCCACAUCAUAGAUUUAGAACACACUGUUGUCGUCAUCCCCCGAAUAAUCCUGGGAACUGUAGUUUACCCCCCACAGAGCUGCAUUUCCCAGCACCAAGCUCCAGUUCCCAGGACUCUUAGCGGUAAGUCAUGUGCUUUCAAUGUAUGGCGUGCACACAGUUGACAUUAACACAGUCCUAAUUAAUGCAAAACUGUGUCCUCUUUUUGGGUGACUCUCAAACAAUUGCAGGAUGAUGUCUCAGAAUUGUCUCGGUUGUUUCAAGUCCAAGAGCAACAUUUAACCGACUUGCCGAAUUGGUGGGGAAAAGGCUUUGCCUUUUUAAAAAAAGAAAGGAGGGGAGCACAAAGAGAGAUGGCCAAGUUCUUUUCCUACCUCUGUUCCCCAGCUUUUAAACAGUAGGCUGGCAGGUAGAAGUUUAGCAGGUGAUGGUUUUCAUGAAAGAGGGAUAAAGUGAUAAUAGAAGCUUCACUUUCUGCAUGCUGGGCUGCUGUUUGAAAGGCAGAGGGGCCAAAUUGUUAGGAAAGCAGGCAACAUUUGGCCAUUAAGGAGAUGGAUUGAGGCAACUGGGAAGGGGACUGAGGACGGUGGGUGACGGAGGAGGUUAGAGAGUUGGAAAGAGGUUUCUGGAGGCUGGCAGAGAGGGGAUGUUGGGAUUCCAGCCUCUCCCUAUGUGCCCGUUUUCUCCCCAAUCUCACCCCAGGUGACUCCAAUGAAAACCGCCUGCCUAACGGAGAAGAGGAAGCAAUUGCCAAGAUGGGGUGUCCUAGCCUUGGAGAGAACGCCAAACUUGAAGUUGUUAUUGAGGAAUCUUACGAAUUCAAGGUAAGAAGACACUCUCUCACCUGGCACUCCCUAGCAAGAAAGACAUUUCAGUCACAAUCCCCCUCCUCACACCUCAGCAUCCACACACCCCUCCCAGCAGUGGCUGAUGCCCAUUGGGACUGGUUGGGUGGAAGGCAGGGAGCCCACCAGUAGGUGGAACCAGAGCCAAUGACAUGCAGAACCAAAUAAUUCUAGCUUUGCCCCCAUCCUCCUUCUACUUGCUGAGUUCUACAAACACUAAGACUAAGGAGGAGGAAGCUGCCAGCAAAUGCCAUCCCUUGGACUGAUUGUAAGUAAAGAGAUAGACAAGUGUGGGUGGACUGAACUUGGUGGGGCAGUGCCCCAUUUGUCCUAGUGUGCCAACCUCCAAUUUUCCCCAUCCACUGAUUUUUUUAAACAAACAAGACUAUUUGCAGUUUGGAAAGUGACAGAGAAAUGCGAUGAAAAGUGUGGGAUGAACGAAUGACUAACAGGAAGAUGUUUAAACAUUCGGCAAGCAAAUCAGAAUAUAGCAAGGUGGAUGCCCAUUGUCGUAUAACUACCCCAUUAACAAAUCAGAAGAAACGCUCAGCAAAGACCGGACAUAGUCUGGCCACUGAGCAAGCAAACCAGGAUGAAUGCUUAAUAAAAAGGCUGUCUUGAAAGAACCCGUGGGCUUUUGAAUAAGGAACCACAUCAGGAACCAGCUCCUUGCCCAUCAACCGAGGCUGAGAAUCCCCCAGAAUAAGCAGCUGAAGUUUAAACAUUUCUGUUUCCUCACCCGCUCAACCCCUGCCAUGGACUUUUGGGCCACCACAAAACAUCCAACCCUGCCAAAUGUGAAUCUGCCGCCUACAAAGUGCCCUCGCAUCUUGUUCAGCCUCCAAGCCUUAUCUGUUUUUCACAAUCUGUUAUUGAGGUGUCCCUGUGUCAGUUAUCAUCUCAUCCUUAUGCACUCAAUGGAUCACUGUGCUCUGCAGGUGAGGGCUUCCUGCAGAUAUCACCUUGUCUGGACGUCCAUUCCACACAAUGUAGGAAUUGUGCCUUUGGUAUCGUGGCACUUUACUUGCCUUUUGGAAUUCCCUCUCUUUGAAUAUAUAAGUUAAUAAUAACAAAUUUAUUUCUGAGAUGGGCAAACGUCCAUCCUGGUUCUUUAUUAAAAACAGAUUUGUUUUCUUUGAAUCUGUCUCCCGGUUUCUCACGCCACCUUUUGCUCCAGUGCCCUUGUCAUCAUGGCUGGUUAGGCAGAUGGCAGGGUGGCAGGGUGCCCAAAGAUACAAUGACAUUUCCCACGCCAUCCCUGACCACAGGCACUGAAGAGCCAAGAGGAGGAGGAUAGCAAUACUGGUGGUGGUGGAAAGGGGCACGCAGGAGAAGUUCCAUAGGGACUAGCCCCUUCUGCCCACUUAAAGUUCUCACCUCCCCACACCCCUCUUUUCCAGAGCACUGUGGACAAAUUAAUAAAAAAGACCAACUUGGCCCUUGUCGUCGGCAGCAGCAGCUGGAGGGAGCAGUUUGUUAGCGCCGUAACCGUCAGUGCUGGUAAGAAAGAAUAUGGACCUUUUUUGGAGGGGUAUACCGUAGGUAGGAAUGUUGGGACAGAGGGUGUAGCCAACUUCUGAACACCACAGACAGCUGCUUCCAGUCACCAGCCACAACACACUCAGACGUAGCCUCAUCCCUGUGGGAGACACUUAAGACAUUUCUCCCAAUGAGAAAAAUAAGAAAAGGAAAAAAAGACAGCAGGUCUCUGCCCCAAGGAACUUCUGGUUUAAAUAUUCCACAGUGGAAGAGAGAACCCACUAGAGGGGCCAUGGGGUGAAUGCAAGAAAAUGCAGUUACAUGACAGGGAUGGGUGAAGCUGUCAAUUUUGUUUUCUCCCAGUUACUCUUUUCUUUUUCAUUCUUAAAAUUCAGUUCUCCCCAUCCCCAUUCCACUUUGUGAUUAUUAUUUUUUAAGGUCUUCCUAACAAUUCUCAAGGGACGCGGGUGGCGCUGUGGGUUAAACCACGUAGCCUGGGCCUUGCCGAUCAGAAGGUUGGCGGUUCGAAACCCCGCGAUGGGGUGAGCUCCCGUUGCUCAGUCCCUGCUCCUGCCAACGUAGCAGUUCGAAAGCACGUCAAAGUGCAAGUAGAUAAAUAGGUACCGCUCCGGCGGGAAGGUAAACGCCGUUUCCGUGCGCUGCUCUGGUUGGCCAGAAGCGGCUUAGUCAUGCUGGCCAUAUGACCCGGAAGCUGUACACCAGCUCCCUCGGCCAGUAAAGCGAGAUGAGCGCCGCAACCCCAGAGUCGGCCACGGCUGGACCUAAUGGUCAGGAGUCCCUUUACCUUUAACAAUUCUCAGGAAGCUUAACAAGCUACAGUUCCUGGGAUUCUUUGGGAGAAGCCAUGAGCUUUAAAUGUAUGGGCUUGAUGGGACCUUUGGGUAACUUAAAAUAGCAGCGAGCCACUGGGGAUGGGAUCAGAGCUUGGCUGUCACGUGAAAGCGGCGCAGCCACUUGCCACUGAAAAGCAUCCAUGGGCCUGGUAGGGAAGAUGGUAAAUGGCAGUGCAGCUGGGUCAGGCCCCCAAGGGCCCCCACACCUGGCCCCUGGGGCCCUCGGCAAUUGUCUAACUUGGCUAGCCACUGUUGCUGGGCCUGCUCUCCCCACCACCAUAAGAGAUUUUGUUGCCCCAUUGGAAUUUACUUAAUUGCCUCCCCGCUCCCUACGCUCACAUGAGGUAAGCAAAAGAGAGGCUAGAAGAAAGACUAGGACCUGUGGGGAGGCUGGCUAAGGUUGACUGAUGGUGUCCCUAUUAAUUUAAGGUGUCUCUCUGUGCUCCCUCCCUCCAGGUGAUGACGAGGACGACGACUCUGGCGAGGAGCGCCUCCCCUCUUGCUUCGACUACAUCAUGCACUUCCUGACGGUUUUCUGGAAAGUUCUGUUUGCCUUUGUGCCACCAACCGAAUACUGGUGCGGCUGGGCCUGCUUCUUUGUCUCCAUCUGCCUCAUCGGAGUCCUCACCGCCCUCACCGGAGACCUGGCCGCCCACUUUGGCUGCACCAUCGGCCUCAAAGACUCUGUCACAGCCGUGGUGUUCGUGGCCCUGGGCACCUCCGUGCCUGGUCAGUGAGGGGCGGCAAGCGGGGCAGAUCAUAUCAGGGUCAGGAGUGACCUCAGUGAGGGGAAGGGUGGAACCGCCACAGGGCAAAUUGUAUUUUAUGGGCUCUCCUGGCCCCAAUCAGCUGGGAGGAAUCCGGGUUUCUUGCCUCUGACUGUCCUGAAAAGCUUUGCCUCUUUAAAAUUGUUGUAAAGGCACACUAGCCAGGCCAGUUAAAAACAAAACAAGCCACCAAACUAUCUUGAAAUAGGCAUCACAUUGCUUAAUGUAAUCUGAGUAUCUGAAAGGUUGGCUCACUCCCCAUAGACCACCCCUGGGGAGAAAUCGGCAGAAGGGCCUUUUUGGGAGUUCCCCUGCCCUCAGAUGUUCGAGGAGGAAAGUAGGGGAAGGUCCAAGAGAAGGGCUUUCUCUGUGGUAGCCCCCAAACUGUGGCAUUCCCUCCCCAGAGGUAAAUCCCUCAUUGUGCAGCUUCUGUCAUGUGCUGAGGAAAUACUUGAACACACAGUCUUGGCCUUUGGCAUAGGAACCAAAUUAUAGUAACAGUAAUUAUUAUAAUCAUUAUACUAACAGUAACAAUAAUUGCUACUAACAUGGGCUCAUUCAGGAGGAGGGGCAGGAUAUAAAUUGACUAAAUAAAAUGAAAUAAAAGAUUGAUUUGGCGCUUGAAGAGACCUUUGGCCUAUCCCAAGGCAACAGGGAUGAUAUUAUUAUUAUUAUUAUUAUUAUUAUUAUCCUUUGUUGUCUUGGGUUAGACCAAAGGUCUCUACAAACACACACACAACUUAUAUCUCUAACAAGUCCAGGGCAGGGCAGAGAAAGGACUUCACUAAUUUUAAAAAUACAACAUUAAAAUCAGCUAAAAGAGAUCCCAGUCAAGAAAGCGGUUUAUCUGCCAUCCAGUCUCUCCUUUAACAAUUUUUUUUAUUGAUUUUCAAAAAAUUAUUUUUUUUAAUUAAAAAAAUCUAUUAAAGAAGCCUUUUGGUGGUGGAUAGACUUUUCUGCUUUCUUGACUGCAAUCAAAGAAGCAGGGAGGUCUAUUCGCCAUCCAUACACUUAACAGCAUAAGCAGAGUGUGACAAGGCAAUGACUUUCCAGGAUGGUUUGUCUCACAGCACCUGGGAUUUAGAGGCAAACUCCCUCUUUACAUAGACUUUGCAUUUUUAACUGUCAACAGCUAAUAGCCAUCGAUAGCCUUAAUUUGCCUAAUUCUACAAUAAAUCACACACACACAAAAAGACUGUGAGCCUCCCUUAGUUACCUGGGAAUAAGCCCCAUUGAACUCAGCAAGACAUACAUCAAGAUAGACACAUAUAGGAUUGCACUGUAGGGCACGAAUAUGCUUUAAUCAUAAACUGGAGCAAUCCUAUAAAUCAUAGUGGGGUACCAUUUGCCAGCCCGAGGGCCGCAUUCCCCUUUGGGCAGCCUUCUGAGGGCCACAUACCAGUGGUGGGUGGAGCCAGAGGCAAAAGUGGGUGUUACCACCUUCACCCUCUCUGUCCCUGCCCAAAGUUAAGUACCGUAUUUUUCGCUCUAUAAGACGCACCAGACCACAAGACACACCUAGUUUUUGGAGGAGGAAAACAAGGAAAAAAAUAUUCUGAAUCUCAGAAGCCAGAACAGCAAGAUGGAUCGCUACGCAGUGAAAGCAGCAAUCCCUCUUGCUGUUCUGGCUUCUGGGAUAGCUGCACAGCCUGCAUUCGCUCCAUAAGACGCACACACAUUUCCCCUUACUUUUUAGGAGGGGAAAAGUGAGUCUUAUAGAGCAAAAAAUACGGUAUUUUAUUUUGUCUUCUAGUUUAUUAGGUAGUAGAAACCCAUAGAAUUCCAUCAACCCAGAAUAAAAGGGCAUAGAGGGGAGAGGAAAAAGGCACUUAUGCCUCAAGGAAGAAAAUCAGUGUUUUUAGCUCUGCAGUCCUGCAGACAGAUCAGAUCUCUUUCUCCAGAUCUCCAGAUCUAGACCUUUUCUACUGCAGAGGUAGGGAACCCACAAACCUUAUUUUAAUUUGCCCCCAGAGGAGCUGCUUUUGCAAAGUGCUUCCCCUCUGUUGUAAACAAAAUCUGCCCUUUUCCCUUAUGGGGUAUCCAAGAGCCCAUAUAGAGUCCUUACGUAGGUUCCCUAUUGGUAGGAGUAAAUUAUUGGGAGGUAAGUCAUAGAAUAAGGGACACGGGUGGCGCUGUGGGUUACACCACAGAGCCUAGGACUUGCCAAUCAGAAAGUCGGCGGUUCGAAUCCCCGCGACGGGGUGAGCUCCCGUUGCUCGGUCCCUGCUCCUGCCAACCUAGCAGUUCGAAAGCACGUCAAAGUGCAAGUAGAUAAAUAGGUACCGCUCUGGUGGGAAGGUAAACGGCGUUUCCAUGUGCUGCUCUGGUUCUCCAGAAGCGGCUUAGUCAUGCUGGCCACAUGACCUGGAAGCUGUACGCCAGCUCCCUCGGCCAAUAAAGCGAGAUGAGCACCGCAACCCCAGAGUCGGUCACGACUGGACCUAAUGGUCAGGGGCCCCUUUACCCUUUACCUUUAAGUCAUAGAAUCAUAGAGCUGGAAGGGACCUUGAGGAUUAUCCAGUCCAACCCACUGCAAUGCAGGAAUCUUUUGCCCAAUGUGGGGCUUGAACCCAUGGCUCUGAGAUUAGGAGUCUUGUGAACUACCCCAUUGCUUUAAUUUGUUAAUAUUGGCAGCUAGGAACCUCAAUCAGUUGUCCCAAAUGAAGGUCGUUGGAGCUGAUGGGAACUUUUGGCCCUCCACUUCCCCAUCACUGGAUUUCUGGCGUGCACACACACCAGGGGCUCUAACAAAUCCUAAGCCUGCUCUUGCUAUUUAGGGUGAGCAGAGCGGGGGCGAGCCUUGGGUUCAUAUUAAUGGCUCGGGAUGAAAGAGCAGGAGACUCUCACGUCUCAGAACAUGUGGCCGACAAAGCCAGAGGCGACGGCAAGAGGAUUGUCGGGGAAGAGAGGCGGCUGUAUUUAACAGGCAGUCUGGAGAACAGGAUUAGAAAGGAGAAAACUUGCUGUCUUGAUGAGCUGGUGGAGAAAUGAUGAUAAGGCUAAAUCUCAUAUUGAGAGAGGGAGAGUGGGAAGCUAACCCUGCAAAGUGCUUAAAUGCCCAGAUAUAUAUGACGUCGCAAAGAAUGAAGGGUUCUGGAGAGGAUUGGAAGUACGAUUGCACAGCAGUGUAAUACAGAUUUUUACUUUAUUUUAUUUCGCAGACUUUUUUUUUUUAGGCUUAGCAAGGGGGGAAAUGGAGACAUUCGUUUGGGAGAUUUGCCUCCUGCUCGAACAAUUUAUUCUGAUUUCACAGUGUCCUGAGAAGGAGCAGGGUGCUGCACCCGUGGCAGUGCCGGAUUUAGGACAGUGUGGGCAGUUAGCCGAGGGGGCGCAAAAUGAUGAUGUUGAUAAUGAUAAAACCUACAAUAAUAUGGGAGGGGCACCAAAUCUUGCCCUUGCUUGGGGCACUAGGGUGCCAUGUUACAAAAGUCCGCCCUGCCCUUAGCUUCCCAAAAUUCCAACAGACUUACCCCUUAGAUGAGAAAUGGAGAAUCCUAGCAUUGAAACAUGGCCCUCCAAGCUCUGUUUGGCCCUCCAGUUGCCCCAGGUCACACCCCACUCAGCAGCCCUGAUCUGCACUUUCCUUGAGGGCUUUUGCCUGCCUUGAAUGGGUCCUCGUAUGGCAGGAACAUAGGAAACUAUCUUCUACCAAGUCGAAAUAUUGGUUUGCCUAGCUCUGGGUUUCCCAAGCUUGAGUCUCCAGCUGUUUUUGGGCUACAGUUCCCAUCAUCCCUGACCACUGGUCCUGCUAGCUAGGGAUGAUGGGAGUUGUAGUCCAAAAACAGCUGGAGACCCAUGUUUUGGAAACCCUGGAUUAGACGAUACCCUGGGUGAGCCUCAAUGUGGUUGGAAGGAAGCAUGGCCGUAGCUCAGUGUGAGAGUAUCUGUUUUGCAACCGCCUUCUGCCCUUUUGUCUCUGCAGAUACCUUUGCCAGCAAAGUUGCCGCCAUCCAAGACCAGCACGCCGACGCCUCCAUUGGGAAUGUGACAGGCAGCAACGCAGUCAACGUCUUCCUGGGCAUUGGGGUGGCCUGGACUAUCGCAGCCGGGUACUGGGCCAGCAAAGGCCAGCCCUUUCACGUGAAGCCCGGCAACCUGGCAUUCUCGGUCACCCUCUUCACCAUCUUCGCCUUCUUCAGCAUUGCGGUGUUACUGUACCGGCGCCGUGCACCCAUCGGCGGAGAACUGGGCGGUCCCCGAAGCCCCAAAAUCCUGGCGACCCUCCUCUUCCUGAGCCUAUGGCUGGUCUACAUCCUCCUGGCUGCCCUGGAAGCCUACUGCCACAUUCAGGGCUUCUAAGAGACAAGCGCAGACUGGGAGAUUCGCUUUCGGGUUUGGCCUGGGGGAGGCCCUUGUCCAAACCUUGGGACACUGAUCCCCGGAUGACUUGGGGGUGGAGGGGAGAAAGGAAAAGCCAAACCCUCCCUCCCCAAGCUGGGAGACCCCCUUUUUCUCAAGCACAUGAGAACACCUUCACUUCCACAACGGUUCAGUGAAGACUUUGGCCAACGCCAGCCACGCGGUCUAGUAAUGACUAAGGUGGUAACAAAAACGGGACAAAGUUACAGGGUCGAAUUCUGGCCAAGGCUUCUGCGAUGGACUGAUGGCAGAGUUGCCCGCCUCUGUUUGGAGAGAGAAAAUGCCAAGCUAUUAAGAACCCUGAUUUUAGACACAUCUUAGGGGUGCAACAGAUUCAAGGGAAGCUGAGCCAGGGCAUAGGCCACCCCCUUCCACACUGACCUGGGUGAAUUAGUAGCCUCAGAAAACAGUGGGAUGGGAGGGGGAUACUGACCAGCCCUGCCAAUUAUUCUUAUCCUUGCAAGUAUUGGAGGGCCAGUUAGUUGGACACACUGUCCUUCCCCUUGCAAGCCUGGCCAGUUUCUUGCAGCGACAGAGAUGGGGCGCUCUUUGCAUCCCAGUGGAUGGUAACGUAAUGAUGUCAGCAAAACUGGAAUUUUAGAUGCAAGUCGAGGUUUGUGCUAUCUUCCUCCUGUUCCUGGCCAAAUGAUCCAAAGAAGGGUGGGAGCAGGGAGAGAGAGGGAGGGAGAGAAAGGUGGAAAAAGCAAGCGAGAAUAGAUAGGAGAAGGGAAGAAGGAUCCUAAUCAGCCAGUUUACCUUGUUCCAAGCACAGUCGAUACCCUCCGGAAAACCUGCACUCUUUACAAACUCCCCAGAACAGCACAAAAAUCUCAAAACAGCAAAAAACAGAAAUAUAGCUAGAUCUAGGAUAGCUGCUUCCCCCCCUUCCUCUUCCACGGCACAGCGUUCCCCCUUCCCAAAUUAAGAACUCCCCCCAUAUUAGUAUUCGACUCCCCUUUUCUGUACAGAACUCAGAUUUCUAUUUAGUUGAGUUUAUUUUACUUACAAGGUGGGGAAGCCCCCCACAGAAAUUAUUUUAUUUUUAUUUAAAAAGAAGAAAACCCACAAACCUCCGGCACCCAUGCAAUUGUCCGCCCCUUCCUUGUCCCUUAAUGUGGACACCCCCCCCUCCUGUCCAGACGCCACGGCCGCUGCGCAUGGUGCUUCCCUCCUCUCUGAGGCGGGGGGCCCCCGACAUUGGUACGUCCCAUGCCUCAGUUUGCAUGGUGGCCCCUGUGACCCCAACCCAUACAAUCUUGUGUCUCUGUAAGUCACUCUGGUGUCCAUGCUUGCCCGUUCGUCUUUUGCACCAGUGCCUGCCUGUUGCUCGUGCCUGCUGUCUGGUUUUCCCCAAAAACAAAAAAUGUGCCCUUCCUCUUACGUCCUGUUGCCUGCGCUACCUUGGAUUUGUGUUGUGUUGUGUGUGCGUGUG